AUGCCCUCCUUGUUUCCCCAGACCCAUUGGGAUGCACGGUUUACAAAAGAUACUGCCAGGUUCAAGGAUGAAUUGGAUAUUAUGAAGUUCAUCUGCAAGGAUUUUUGGACAACUGUAUUCAAAAAACAAAUAGAUAACCUAAGGACUAAUCAUCAGGGUAUUUAUGUUCUUCAAGACAAUAAAUUUCGUCUCUUGACACAAAUGUCUGCAGGAAAGCAGUAUUUAGAACAUGCACCAAAGUAUUUAGCAUUUACCUGUGGAUUAAUCAGAGGAGGCCUGUCAAAUUUGGGAAUAAAGAGUAUUGUAACAGCUGAAGUUUCAUCAAUGCCUGCAUGUAAAUUUCAGGUGAUGAUACAGAAAAUGUAGUACACAUCCAAAUCUGGGUAUCUACCUUAAAAAUUGUUUGUGUGGAUUCAGUAUCUUGGUUCAGCUUUGUAUGUAGCUUGUAAAUUACAGCAGUGCACAAUUGCAAAAUAUAUAAUAAAUGUUAAUAAAAAUAA